UACUAAAAAUUUGCAGUAAGAUUGCAAGAUUGACUUAGAGUGUAAUGUAUUUGUACUUUAUAAUCUGCUGAUAUUUAUUGUGAGAAAAAAAUACUUCUUCGAUUGAUUCAUUAAUAAAUACGUUUUUAUUACUGUGAUUUAUUGCAAUGUCACGAUUAUCAAGCAAAAGACUAUGCUCACAAAUUAAUGUUUCGUUUAGAUUAUUUACAAGACAAUCUAUGACACUUCGUACAACAGAAAGAAAACAUGAAACAAUUUAUGCUCUCUCAUCUGGUCAUGGAAAAUGCGGAGUGGCUGUUGUCAGAAUAUCUGGUGUUAAUGCAAGCAAGGCUUUAAAUAAAAUGACGACAAUAUCAAACAUAGAACCUAGGAAAGCUGUAUUAAAAAAAAUUUUAGAUCCUGAAACAAAAGAAGUAAUAGAUAAUGGUUUAUGUUUAUGGUUUCCUGGACCAAAAUCAUUCACAGGUGAAGAUUGCGUUGAAUUCCAUGUUCAUGGAGGACCAGCGAUAUUGACUUCAUUGAUGAAUGCACUUUCUAAAUUACAUUUUUAUCAAGCAUUGCCAGGAGAAUUUACUAGACGAGCGUUUUACAAUAAUAAAUUAGAUCUUGUGGAAAUAGAAGGUUUAGCAGAUUUAAUAGAAGCAGAGACUGAACAACAAAGGAAACAAGCAUUAUUACAAGCCAAUGGACAUUUAAGUAAACUUUAUAAAGAUUGGCGAAAGAGUCUCAUUAAUAUUAUUUCUAAUUUAGAAGCCUAUAUAGAUUUUAAUGAAGAAGAUAAUAUAGAAGAUAAUGUCUUGGAGAUUUGUAAUUGUUCUAUUAAUGAUCUUAUUAAAAGGAUAGAACAACAUCUUUCAGAUAAUAGAAAAGUUCAAAGGAAUGCUGCUAUUGUAUCUCCUAUUGCGGGAACUACCAGAGAUAUUAUUGAAUUAAGAAUAAACAUUUCUGGUUAUCCAGUUAUAUUAGCGGAUACUGCAGGAUUUACAAAAAGUCCUAAAGAUCCAGUCGAAAGCGAAGGUAUUAUUAGGGCAAAAGCAUACGCAGAAAAUGUGGAUCUUAUAAUUUUAGUAAUAGAUGCAUGUGAAUAUCUACAAAGUGGCAUGACAUAUUCAGAUUAUAUGAAGGAGUACAUUAAUAAUAUGAAUUUAAAUGAAAUAUUAACAGAAGAGUGUAGAAAGAGAUGUAUUGUGGUUGCAAAUAAAAUUGAUCUUUUGAAUGAAAAAAAUAAGGAAAUUAUCAAAAAGGAAAACUUAGUUGCGACUUCCUUUAUAACAGAAGAAGGUCUGUUAGACAUAACAAAGAUUAUGACACAUUAUUGUAAAAAAUUAUGUCGUGAUACAUUCAAUGAAGAUCCGGUAAUCAGUCAAACUAGAUAUAGACAUCAUUUAUACAGAUGUCUUAAUAAUCUUCAAAAUUACAUAAAAAUAAUUUCUGUUGAAAAUUAUGAUAUGGUAAUAGCUGUAGAAGAAAUACGAAUUGCAAUGAGAGAACUUGGAAUGAUAACUGGACAUGUUUAUAAUGAUGAGAUAUUAAAUAACAUUUUUAAAAAUUUUUGUAUUGGUAAAUAAAAAAAAUGAAUAUUAUCUUAUAUUUCUUAUUUUAAAUAAUCGUCUCAUUUUAAAUAAUAUUAUAUACGUGUGUAUACAUAAAAAAAUUAUUAUCUUACAAAGUAAAUAACAUAUAUGAAAUUAUUUGAAAUUUUGCGCUGUCGGUAAUAUUUAACUGCAGUUCUGCAAGAUGUAUACACUUGCUUCAUAUAUAUAUAGCUUUCAUCAAACAGGGAUUUCUGUUAUAUUUGGUGGCAACUCUGUUAAAUUAUGAGGUUAAUCG